AUGGCCAAGCUAGUGGAGUGUGUCCCCAACUUCUCGGAGGGGAUUAACAAGGAGGUGAUCGAUGCGCUGGGGCAGGCCAUCUCCCGGACGCCAGGCUGUGUGUUGCUGGAUGUAGACGCCGGCGCCUCCACCAACCGUACCGUCUACACCUUCGUGGGGUCCCCGGAGGCCGUUGUCGAAGGGGCACUGAGCGCGGCCCGCGUGGCUGGGCAGCUCAUUGACAUGAGCCGGCACACGGGUGAACACCCUCGCAUGGGGGCCCUGGACGUCUGCCCUUUUGUACCGGUGAUGAACGUGAGCAUGGAGGAGUGCAUCACCUGCGCCAAUGUCUUCGGGCAGCGGUUGGCAGCGGAGCUGGGGGUCCCAGUUUACCUGUACGGAGAGGCAGCGCGGGAGGAGAGCAGGAAAGCCCUGCCUGCCAUCCGUGCCGGGGAGUACGAGGCGCUCCCUGAGAAGCUUGCAAAACCAGAGUGGGCUCCCGAUUUUGGGCCCCCAACCUUUGUUCCCCACUGGGGGGCCACCGUGACGGGCGCCCGGACCUUCCUUAUCGCAUACAACAUCAACCUGCUGUGCACCAAGGAGCUGGCUCACCGCAUCGCCCUCAACAUCCGCGAGCAGGGUCGCGGUGCCGACCAGCCCGGGCGCUUGAAGAAGGUGCAGGGCAUUGGCUGGUAUUUGGAGGAAGAGAAUAUAGCCCAAGUUUCGACGAAUCUGCUGGACUUUGAGACCACACCGCUCCACACCAUCUACGAGGAGGUCUGCCGAGACGCAGAGGCACUGAACCUGCCCGUGGUGGGGUCCCAGCUGGUGGGGCUUGUCCCCAAGAAGGCCAUGCUGGACACAGCCGAGUUUUAUAUCAAGAAGGAAAAACUCUUCAUCCUGGAGGAGGAACAGAAGAUCAGGCUGGUGGUCAGCCGGCUGGGCCUGGACUCCCUGUCUGCAUUUCACCCCCGGGAGCGCAUCAUUGAGUACCUGGUGCAGGCAGGAGAGGUGGAUGGGGGGCUGGUGGCCAAGCCGCUGGGUGCCUUCGUACGAGCAGUCGGUGGCAGGGCCGCAGGGCCGGGGGGUGCAGCUGCGGCUGCCAUGGGAGCGGCGCUGGGCUGCAUGGUGGGGCUGAUGAGCUAUGGGAAGCGGCAGUUUGAGGAGCUGGACCCCAUCAUGAGGAAGCUGAUCCCCCCCUUCCACCAGGCCAUGGACGAGCUGGGGGCAAUGGUGGACGCCGACUCCCGUGCCUUCAGCAGCUACAUGGAAGCUAUGAAGCUGCCAAAAAGCACCCCUGAGGAGCUAGAGAGUUUUCGUGUGGCUGCCAUGCAGCAGGGGCUGAAGACGGCCGUGAGGGUGCCCUGUGCCCUGGCAGAGAAGGUGAGCGGGCUCUGGCCUGCUCUGAAGGACCUGGCACGCCACUGCAACCUGGCCUGCAAAUCCGACAUCCAGGUGGGAGCCAAAAUGCUGGAAGCAGCUGUGUUUGGAGCUUACUUCAACGUCAUGAUCAACCUCAAAGACAUAACGGAUGAGAAGUUUAAGCUUGCGAUGUCACAGAAGGUCUCUGGACUGCUGGAGGAGGCGAAGCAAGGCUCGGCGCUCGUGCUGGCGCUGCUGGAGAAGCGGGUGGCCUGA